AUGGAAGGAGGGUGUGAAAUUUAUGUGGACAUGACCAGACGACCCGGUAAGAGGAGAGCGGGGGGGGGGGGGGGGGGGGGGGGGGGUGGGGGGGGUGUUUGUGUGGGGUUUUUCAGAGGUCACGGCCGCCAUAUUCUCCAAAACGGCAAAUACCUCCGAGAACCGGACCAGGACUGGACCAAGACUGGACCAGGGGUUUACGCUCCAGGAGCAGAGCGGCCACAGCCCGGUGCAGGAGCCGAGAGAAGCAUCCCGUCCCCCGCGUUGGAUUGGCUGUCGAGGCGCAUGGAGAAGAGGUAUGAAGACCUGGUGCAUUACUCCGGAGCUGAGGGGAUGGCUGUGGGGGCCCUGGGGGGGUACGCAGACGACCUCAGAGCCCUCCCCCCUCCACACUACGGAGCCCCCAUCCCGGACUCGCUCAAGCACCACAAGGACCAGAUCUACGGUCACCCGCUCUUCCCGCUCCUGGCUCUAGUCUUUGAGAAGUGCGAGCUUGCCACCUGCUCGCCGCGUGACUCCGCCUCCUCGUUCUCAGGCCCCGCCCACAUGCCCGUAAUGACCAACCACAGUGAUGUCUGCUCCUCGGAGUCAUUCAACGAUGACAUCGCCUCCUUUGCUAAACAGAUCCGCUCAGAGAAGCCUAUUUUCUCCUCCAACCCUGAGCUGGACAACCUGAUGAUUCAGGCCAUUCAGGUUUUACGCUUCCACCUCCUGGAACUGGAGAAGGUGCACGAUCUGUGUGAUAACUUCUGUAACCGUUACAUAACGUGCCUCAAAGGGAAGAUGCCAACGGACCUGGUCCUGGACGAGCGCGAGGGCGGGUCCAAGUCCGACCUGGAGGACUUUGGCUCCUGCACCAACCUCUCGGAUCAGUUCAGUCCCAAACCCACACAAAACUCUGAUCAGGGGGCCUCAUGGUUACGGGAACCAGAUGAAUGUGCCACGACGCCCCUGGGGACUCCCGGCACCUGCGGCCUGCCCCCCCACAGCAGCGGGGACAACGGCAGCGACACCGGCGAUGGUCUGGACGGCGGCGUGGCGUCUCCGAGUACUGGAGACGACGAUGACUCCGACAGAGAUCGAAGAAACAACAAAAAAAGAGGAAUCUUCCCCAAAGUAGCAACAAACAUCAUGAGGGCGUGGCUCUUCCAGCACCUGUCGCAUCCGUACCCCUCUGAGGAGCAGAAGAAGCAGCUUGCACAGGACACAGGGCUGACCAUCCUCCAGGUCAACAACUGGUUCAUUAACGCCCGGAGGAGGAUCGUACAGCCCAUGAUCGACCAAUCAAAUCGCUCAGGUCAGGGAGGUCCAUACAGUCCGGAAGGGGCAGCUCUGGGGGGUUACGGCCUGGAUGGACAGCCUCAUCUGGGGCUCCGAGCAGGUCUUCAGGGCAUGUCGUCUCUUCAGGGCGAGUACCCGGGAGGGCUCCUGUCCCAGCCCGGGUACCCCCCACACCCGGGUCCCUCUCUGCACCCGUACCCCGGAGCCCACCCGCACGCCGCCAUGCUGUUACACCCGCCUCCACACGCACACCCGGCCGAGCCGCUGCUGGCACAAGGACUGGACAUUCAUGCGCACUAG